CAAAACGCGACAGAAAUGAAGCAGAAAAUGGCAAACAACACAGUUGCGACUCUGAUGAUGAUUGUCGUCAUCUCCUUGGCGAUGGCCUUCGCAGAAGCCAAGUGGGGAGGGUCAGUCGAGGCCAAAAAGGAAACGAAGCCGUCUGAGAGAGUAACCAACCUCCAGUUCUACUUCCACGACACAGUCAGUGGGAAGAACCCUAGUGCCAUACGUGUAGCUCAGGCCCCGGACACCGAAAAAUCUCCUACCCUUUUCGGGGCACUGCUCAUGGCCGAUGACCCGCUCACCGAGACGCCCGAUCCCGAUUCCAAGCUCGUGGGGCGGGCCCAAGGGCUGUACGGGUCAUCCGGCCAGCAUGAGCUUGGCCUGAUAAUGGCCAUGAGUUUUGCGUUCACGGAUGGUACGUAUAAUGGUAGCUCCAUUAGUAUUUUUGGUAAAAACCCGGCUCUGAACCCGGUUCGGGAGUUGCCCGUUGUGGGUGGAACCGGGAUGUUCCGGCUGGCUCGUGGAUAUGCAAUUGCUUGUACUCAUUGGUUUGAUGUUAGCGGUGAUGCAAUCGUAGGAUACAAUGUCACUGUAAUUCACUAGGUCUACUGUAUGAUUCUCUGUUUCAAUUUCCUACCAU